GGACAUAUAUAGGACCAAUUUUGCAUCAGUUCUUUUAUUGGGGCAUUAAGACAAACAUUUAGAGGGGAUGGGAGAGCUUCACUCUAUUGCUUACAGUAAUAGCUCUUCCCUAGGUUGGGAUCUUCAAAACCUUGGAAUUCUCAACGCAGACAUGUCUUUGGGGGGAGUCAUGGAUGGGAGUAGCAAUUCACAGUUUUUCUCGUCUCUGGUGUCUGAUUUCUCAACUGGGUAUUUGGAAGAUGCUUUGGUUGAAUUCGGUGAACGGUUCCCAAGAAGACGAUUGCUUCUGUACAGUACAGAUGACCAAAUCAGAGGACCAAGUGACCCUGCAGAGGUCCAUAAUUAUUAUAAUUCAAACUGCAAGUGGGACAUAUCUGAGAAUUUCAGUUGCAUGAGCCAGAUAACUGAUCUUCUUGGAGUUUCAGAUGAACACAUAAGCACAUCAAUGAGCAACACCAGUACUGAAGAAGAAGCAAACAUUUUCUCAGAUACCAAAACAGCAGAGGAUGCCAUAUCUGCCCCUGAAACUUUUGAAUCUCCAUCCUCUUCAUACAAACCCAAAACCCAUUAUGGGAGUACUACUAGUACUGAUGAUGACAAGAGAAAGAAGAGAAAGAUAUUGAGAGUUGUGUAUCCAUUCGCAAUGGUGAAACCAGGAGGGAUUGAAGGAGACAUGACUCUAAAUGACAUCAAUGAGAGAAUUCUAAUGCCACCAACAAGACCAGUAAGGCAUCCAGUGGGGGACUUUGCCUGUCGACCAUGUGUGUCUGCAGAUGGUCCUGGUCUUUCAGGGAAAGCAGUAGUGGCCCUUACAAGAAUCCAUACACAAGGGAGAAGAGGCACAAUCACUAUCAUUAGAACCAAAGAUUGAACAAAAAGUAGAAUUGUUAUUGUUGUUAUAUGUAAUUGCUUUGAUUAUGUAUAUAUAGAAAGUUAUGAUGUCUAUGUUUAAACUGUUUUGUUGAAUAUAAUAGUGCUCAAUGAUUACUGUUGCCA